UUGUCAUUGUUCAAAAAAGUUGAGCAAUAAAAGUCCUUGUCAUUGCUUCUGUGCAGAAAAAGUGUCUUCGGAGUCUUUUGUGUUUUGUGGUUUUUGGUUCAAUUUAUUGAGAAAAAUGUCGACCAAUAAGAAUCCAAAUGAGCUCGUUACAUGUCCUUACAAUAAGGCGCAUAAGGUUCUGCGCUUGCGACUUGCAAAACAUUUGGACCGUUGCGCCCGCACCUCAAACAAGCCGUUGGAGUUGGCGAUCUGUCCCUUUUCCACAAUCCAUCGCAUGCCGGCUCACGAGCUGAAGGCGCACAUGUUGAUCUGUGAGGAUCGCGGGGCCAUGAGCGUCGAAGAACCGCAAUCCGCAGAGCUGCCGGCUCAGAAGGCGCCCAAAAUGCCCGACCUGGAGCCUGUUGUUGGCUGUGAGGAUUGGGAUAAGGACGAGGACGUUCCAACCUACAAUCCCCAAGCAUACUGCGAGAAAAGUUUGAUCGUCCGCUCCAAUCCGGGCCAGCCGCUUGCCAAGCGUCGCGAAUUCCGCGAAAGCGAGCGCCGUCGCCUGGCUUCUCUACAGUAACGCAGACCAGGAUGCGGACCAGUAUAUGGAGCCUGUUCCAUAUAUAUGUACAUACAUAUAUAAAGAUGUAUAUAAAUAUGUAUAUGUAUAACACACAUAGACACACACGCUGGCAGCUAUUUAUGCACCAAAAACUUUGUUUCUCAUGGAAUACAUAUGUACAUAUAGUAUACAUAGAAAAAACAAAGCCCUUAAUGCAAUACUAUAUACAUUAUAUACUAUAUAUUACAUUUGUUUACAAUAGAAUGGAAUAGAAACAACUCUACUUCAACUGAUUUGUGAUAGUUUGCCUAAGAAAUUGAAUAAAUUUUUACACAACAGUCGAAUUUUUGUUGCCUAACAAUGGAUCUGUUAUUAUAUCAGAUAUUACAACUCAUUUUGUGGUCUCAGUUUCCAGAUAUUCGCCUGCGCCUAUAUUUCAUGAUCCACAAUUUUGCCGCAUAUGAGGUAUACACCAAAAAAGUAGCUGUCUCUGAACUACUUAUACUUAGUAAGCACAUUUUUAACAUAAAGUGUUGGGUUUAAUUUUAAAAUAAUCGCAAGAGGUUGU